GUCAAAUUUACGUUUGCUGUUCCACUAAUUCGACGUGAUUGUGUGAUUGUGUUUCUGUUUUGAAGAGGUUUUCAGUUAUUGCUAUUUUAUCUUGCAAUAUUUUCUAUUUCUUAACUUAAUCGUAUUCGUGAUCACUAUGGCUAAUGAUCCUGAACGAUUUGAUUCGAUGCUUCUUGCCAUGGCCCAGCAACAUGAAGGCGGCGUAAAAGAUCUUCUGAGGACUAUAGUUGGAUUUUUGGCACGAAAAACUGACUUUUUCACUGGAGGAAAAGAAGGUGAUUGGGAAAAAGUAGUCAAAGAAACAUUCUACGAGCAUGCAAAGAAAGCAACAGAAGAAGCCAAUAGAAUUAAGAAGGAGAAAGAAGAAGCAGACAAGAAAUUGAAGGAAAUACAGCAGAGGAAAGAAAAGGAGAGGCUCCAACAAGACUUCGAGGCAGCUUCGGUCACUGAACUAUCUGAGCAAGAGGCAGAGAAAAUGCAAGAAGAUAUUGAAAAGGAGCAAAAGAAAAAGGCCGAAAUAGGUGAUGGUGAUAGCAACCCAGAAGAAGUAGAGCCACCUGAAGAAGAUGAUGAUCCUAAAGAGAAGGACAAACUUAAACCUAAUUCUGGUAAUGGAUGUGACCUGGAGCACUACAGAUGGACUCAGACUUUGGAGGAAGUGGAGCUCCGAUUGCCGCUGCGCCAAGUGCUGCGGCCUCGCGACCUGACUGUGGUCAUCAGCAAGAAACACCUGAAGGUCGGCAUCAAAGGCCAGCCCCUCAUCAUCGACGGCGAACUAGACGCCGAAGUCAAGAUCGAAGAAUCCACGUGGGUGCUUCAAGAUGGCCGCAACUUGCUUGUCAAUUUAGAAAAGGUAAAUAAAAUGAAUUGGUGGAGUCGGCUGGUGACCACCGACCCUGAAAUAUCUACUAGGAAAAUUAAUCCAGAGCCCUCUAAGCUGUCAGACCUGGAUGGUGAAACUCGAGGCUUAGUCGAAAAGAUGAUGUACGAUCAAAGACAAAAAGAGAUGGGGCUUCCCACCAGUGAGGAACAAAAGAAGCAAGACGUCCUUAAAAAGUUCAUGGAACAGCACCCUGAAAUGGAUUUCUCUAAAUGCAAGUUCAACUAAAGCAAUGGAUUUAAGCACAUACUUAGCAUAUAUAUUGUGUUACGUUAAAGCACCGAUUUUAAAAAAUAGAUGAAAGUGUAUUUUAUUUCAAUUUCUGUUAUGGUGCGAAUUUAUAAAACUAAUGCGACCGCCUAUGUGUUUGAAAUAACUCUUACGUUAAUUACAUUAUGUUAAUUUACGCAUACUUUGUCUUUAAUUUACAAAUAAAUUAAGUUCAUGUACUGCA